GUUUCCGGGUCUCGCUGUGACCCCGCGCUCCUCACAUCAACACGCGUGGAGCAAACAAACCGUAACCGUAACUAAACAGAACUCCGCGGUGUUCGGUUCUUCACACUCACCGGAGACAGACGGCGAGUUUCGGCCUGAGCUGAGGGAGUUUGCGCCGCCAUGGCUCCGCCGCGGUCGAAGAAGCGGCGCCCGACGUUCCGCCGUCUGCUGAAGACGAGCAACGUGAAGCUGGAGAACAAACUGAAGAACCGUCAGCUGAAGCAGCAGAACGCGGCCAAGAAGCAGCGCAAGGAGCAGAAGAGGCUGAGGCAGGCGGUGAAGGGCGCCAUCAUCAGGACUCCCCGCCCACUGGAGACGUACAAGAAGAGACCGGAGGAGGAGCACGAUGAGGAGGAGGAGUUUCUGGAGACUCUUCCCACGGACAUGAUGGACGAGGACGACAUGCAGCAAAUGACCGCCAUGGCUCGUCAGGCGUCCUUCAUCACCAGAGACCUGUCGUCAUGCGAGCCGGUGCACAGUGGGAAAAAGAGGAGCGCAGAGGUCGUACGGAGUUACGAGAAGAUUCCGAGAAAGAUGGUGAAGACGGAGGAGAAGGAGGUGAUACACCUGCUGCCAAUCAAAGACAAGACGGGCGUCAUCCCACAGAGCGUGGAGCGAGUUGUCACGAAGCAGCAGGACGAAGAAGAGGAGGAGGAGGAAGCUGCUGUGGAGCCAGAGGAAGAUGAUAAUGAGGGGGCGCUGCAGACAGUGGCAGCGCUGACAGCAGAGCAGAGAGAGCGACUCAGAGUGGAGACGUUAAAGCAGAAGAAGCUGCAGAUCGCUGGUCUGGCAUCAGCGCUCAUUUCUGACCCCACCAGCAAUAUAAAGCGGCUGAAGGAGCUGCGGGGGAUGUUGGUGGAGGUGGAGCCCAGCGUGGCGGUGACCGUCAGGAAGCUGGUGAUGGUUUCACUGAUGGAGAUCUUCAAAGAUGUCGCCCCCUCCUACAGGAUCCGCCCCCGGACCGACGAGGAGAAGACCACCAAGGUGAAGAAGGACACUCAGCGUCUCAGAGAGUUCGAGGAGGGUUUAGUGAGUCAGUACAAGUUUUACCUGGAGGAGCUGGAGCAGACUGUCAAAGAUUGGAAGCAGAAGAAGAAGAAGCGCAGUCAAGUUGUUGGUUUCCAGUCGUAUCGAGGUUUGGCAGAAGUGGCCGUGCGCUGCCUGUGUGAGCUGCUGCUCGCUCUCCCUCACUUUAACUUCCACAACAACAUCGUCGUUGCCCUCGUGCCCCUGAUGAACGACCCCUACAAGAAGGUGUCAGACAUGUGCUGUGAUGCGUUCAGGACCCUCUUCCAGCAGGACAAAGUGGGCGGAGCCUCUUUAGCCACAGUGCGCGUCAUCUCGGGCGUCGUUAAGAGCCUGAGCUACAACAUCAGACCUGAGGUGCUGAGGUCACUGCUCAGUCUGAGGAUCAAAGAAGUGGAGGUGAAGAAAGACAUUGAGUCGACGGCACCGAAGAAGAAGUUUAUGAACAACAAGGAGAAGAAGAAGAGUCUGUCGAGGAUGCAGAGGAAGUGGAAGAAGGAGGAGGAGAAGCUGGAGAAGGAGCUGCUCGAGGCUGAAGCUUCAGAGAACAAAGACAAGAAACUAAAGCUGCACACUGAGACUCUGAACAUCGUCUUCCUCAUCUACUUCAGGAUCCUGAAGAAAGCUCAGAAAUCUGUCCUUCUGCCCGCUGUCCUGGAGGGACUGGCCAACUUUGCCCACCUGAUCAACCUGGAGUUCUUUGACGACCUCCUCAGUGUGCUGCAGAACAUCAUCCAAUCAGGAGACCGGACCAUCCGCGAGAGUCUCCACUGUAUUAAGACCGUCUUUACCAUCCUGUCAGGACAAGGUGACGUCCUGAACAUUGACCCUUUGACCUUCUACUCAGAGCUCUACAGGCUGCUGCUGAGACUGCACGCAGGGGCGCCCAAUGAUGACAUCAUCAUCCUGCUGCAGUGCCUGGAUCACAUGCUGAUGCGGCGCAGGAAGCACGUGACCCUGCAGAGGGCGAUGGCGUUCAUGAAGAGACUGAGCACGCUCAGUCUGCACGUACUGCCCAACGCCAGCGUGGGGAUCCUCGCCGCCAACAGAGCUGUGCUGCACUCUUUCCCUAAGUGUGACUUCCUCCUGGAUAACGAGGUUCAGGGCAGCGGCUUCUUUCUGCCUGAACUAGAUGAACCAGAACACUGUAACGCACAAAACACAGCUCUGUGGGAACUACACACUCUACAGAAACAUUACCACCCGGUGGUUCGUCACUUUGCCGUCCACCUGUCUCGUUCAGCUCCCAGUGAAGGGUCAGCGUCUCUCCGUGUGGACCUGAGCCGCAGGUCACCUGUGGACCUGUUUAAUGACUACAGCAUCAAAGGCAUGACCUUUAACCCCACCAUAGCUCCACCCACCACCAAGAAGAAGGAUCGAUUCAACAACGGAUCAAAGCUGCUGGACCAAGACCUGCAGAGACAAGUGGACACACUGAUGAGGGACGAGGACAUGGAGGACACACAGCUGGACUUCACUGCAGCACACACACACACACACUGAAGCUUCUUUUGUAACAAAGAUGGAUCUGUCCCUUCAAAAUAAAAGCAUGAACAGUGAUAUUUUUAUGUUUAAAAUUUGACA